CAGUCUAGUUUUGGUCUCGUCCACUGACUGAGGAGCAGAGCUGUGUGGUGUCAGGUCUCUCGCUCAAUGAUGAGGUUUCAAGUGAGCCUUUGAGAUGUUAUGGAGUCUGUAAUAUAUUCUGCGAUAUAUAACUCUUUCGUUUCGCCUUUAUUACAACAACAUUCCAACUUUUAGUCUACAAGAUCGACCGUUUUGUGAGGACACUCCUUCCUCAGGACCCGGGACCAAAUCUACAGCUGACAAAUUGGGAGACAUAUCAGCUCUGUCAUUUUCUGAGGGAGCAGCAAGGAUCUGGGAACCGUCUGUGAGAGAGUUUGGUCAUGGGUAAACAGAACAGCAAGUUGCGACCCGAGGUCCUCAAUGACCUGCGGGAGAACACGGAGUUCACGGACCACGAGCUGCAGGAGUGGUACCGUGGCUUCCUGAAGGACUGCCCGUCUGGCCAUCUCACGGUAGAGGAAUUCAAGAAGAUCUACGCCAAUUUCUUCCCCUAUGGCGACGCUUCAAAGUUUGCGGAGCACGUCUUCCGCACCUUUGACACCAACGGCGAUGCCACCAUUGAUUUCCGGGAGUUCAUUAUCGCCCUGAGCGUGACCUCACGCGGAGGCCUGGAGCAGAAGCUCCGCUGGGCCUUCAGCAUGUAUGAUCUGGACGGCAACGGAUAUAUCAGCCGAGCUGAAAUGCUUGAAAUCGUACAGGCGAUUUAUAAAAUGGUGUCAUCUGUGAUGAAGAUGCCCGAGGACGAGUCGACACCAGAGAAGCGCACAGAUAAGAUAUUCCGACAGAUGGAUACGGACAACGAUGGCAGACUCUCUCUGGAAGAAUUCAUCAAAGGUGCCAAGAGUGACCCCUCUAUUGUCAGACUACUGCAGUCUGACCAAAGCACCUCUCGACAGUUAUGAAUACAGAUCUUGAAAGCAGCUGACAGGAAACCACUCACAUGCACACGGAAAAGGCGAGAUUUAAUUAGAAAAGUAGUUGCGUUAUUAAUGAUACACCUAUAUAUUUUCUGCUUAAAAAAGUUCCUGUUAAUGGGUGGUUACCUUUUUCAUCACUAUUCCAACCUGGUUUUGGAAUUGGUAUUGAUGAGUUGUCAUAAUUACGGCGAAUUGUCAGAGUUUUAAAGAACCCUUGAAAUCAAUUGGCAAAAUUCAGGUAUUUACAGAUAUUUAUCUUUUAAAACUUAUUAUUUUGAUUAUUGGUUGCAUUAAUAAUAAUAAUAAUAAAGCAUGAAACUAGCAUGAAUCUGUAAAAGUGUCAAGUGACUUCAAAGUGUCUUUAAGUGAUGACCGAAAAAGAAUGAUAUUUCCACUAUUGUUUGCAUUCCACUCAAAGCAGUAAAUGAUUAAUCAGUAACAUGUAAACAUUUCUAGACUUCCUAUUAGACAAAAAGAUGAAGUUCUGCUUGUAAAUAUUCCAUUUAUUUUGCAUUCAUUCCAAAAAUCACUCUCAGAUAUCUCCAGAGAACUAUUUGCAUGCUUUUGGCAUGUUCUAAACAUAGUAUUUGUACUAGGUGUUCUUUGGUUGAAGGUUGUGCUAUAGCUGCAUUUGGAGCUGCCUACUGUCCUGCCAAUGAUGAUCAUUUUGAAACAUCAGACUGUCUGUGUUCUACUUUAUUUUAAAAGGAAGGUAUUGCUUCUUUAACUGUGUAACACAACAUGCCAACAGUUUGAUGUCAGUAAUUGUUUUUUUUAAUUCUGAAGGAAUGCGUUAAAUUGAUCAAAAGUGAUAGUAAACAUGCUUUCUCUGUUACGACUGAUAGAUUUUUAUUUCGAAUAAAUGCUGUUCUUUUGAACCUUCUAUACAUCAGAGAAUCCUGAGAAUAUCUCACAGUUUGAAAGAUCAUGCGACACUGAAGACUGGCGUAAUGGCCACUGAAAAUGAAGUCUUGCCAUCACAGGUGAUAUAUAUCUUAAAAUAUAUAUGAAGGUAAAAUAAAAAAAGUAUUUUUUCACAAUAUUACUUAUUUUAUAGUAAUUUUCAUGAAUAAAUGCAGCUUGUGAGCGUAAGAUGUUUUCAAACCAACUGAAAAGUCUUACUGAAACCAAACUUGUGAACAAUAAUGAAUGCUCACUGUUGGGUUUUAUUUCAAUGUGUUUUGAGUUCAAAUGUAGCAUUUGGAUUUAAAAUCUAAUAUGCUAGAUUAAGUUUGGAUUUUUUUUCUCAGGUCUGAGAAUGAUUCAAAUUUUAACGCGCAUCGAUGAUCUGUUUUAAAGCGCAAUUGAAUCAUGCAUAAUUAUUUUUGUGCUCCGUUUUGGUUUCAAUUCUAAAUGAAACUUCAAGGUAACAUAAGCAGACAGUUACACUUUUAACAACUGUUUCUGCCCUGAAGGUAAAAAACAGCAGCCAUCAGCUUUUAGGCUGCUCAUGAAUAUUUGAACGCUGUUGUCUAUGUAGACAUAUGGAGCAGAUAGAAUGGCAGACAGGUUGUUAGUUUCUAUCUGUCCUUUCACCGAUCCAGUGUCAAUAUAAACAGUAGUCGCUCCAUGGAAUGUAACCGUAACACUUCAUGUCAAGUAUAGAAUCUUCAAGCUCUUUCUGUUAAAGGAAACAUUCUUUCACUUGGCUCUUAAUUUGCUCUGUUGCAUAUGUGGUAUGUCAGUACUACUUUUUCCUUUUUUUUCCUCUGUAAAAUGACUGUUGAAGUGAUAUGCCAAAACUAAUAUUUGUACUGGAUAAAUACAUAAAUAUAUUAGAUUUAUGAGUCAUUUCUAAUUUUGUAUAGUGUUAAUUGUGUUGUAAGGAAUGAUAGUUGACAAAAUAAAAAGUUAUAUUGCAGCUGGGAAUGGGAUGUCCAGCCAUAUUUUUGUGAAGCCAAAGCAUCAGUGCAAAUCUAAAUGUUGCAUCUGUAAGGUGUAUGUGCAUGAAUUGUCAAUAAACCACAGAUUCAUAUGCAAA